UUUGGAUGGUUAUUUUUUUAUUUUUUUUUUUCGCUUUGUUAUUUUUCUGUUCUUUUUAUCUUCCUUGUUUUUUCAUAUUGAAUAUGAGAAAAAUGGGUUUUAUGUAUGUAUAGUUGAAGAUUGAGUUUGUUUUGGAUUUUGGAAAAUGAUUUUUGGUGUAGACCAUUAAUCCCCUUUUGACCUUUUGUUUAAUCUGUUAGUGGGAAAAGUUUUUUUUUCCGAUUCUCUUCUUGACUUUAUUUCUUUGCUUCUUGCUGAAGAAUUCCUUGUUGGUAAUUAAUGUCUUUUUAUUUUUUUGUUAUUGAAGUACUUAAUUGUUUGCUUUUAAAAGGAGUUGGUUUUGUUUUAAGCAUCUUGUUUUGAAGAGUUCUCUUGGGUUCUUCAGUAAUGAUCAAAAAGAAAAAGAAAAAGAAAAGGAAAAUAUUGAUUCUUGAAUAGAUUUUCUCCUUUUCUUUGUCAGAGAAUGAAAUUUGCAAUUGAGAGAAGUAUUACAGUAGGUUGCCUAAGUCAUAGUCUUUCUCCUUCCUUUUUCUAUUUUUCCAUUUUGGUACAAAAACAAUAUAGGCAGCCUAAUCCCGCAAGUAGGGUCUUGGAGGAUAUCAGAGAGGGUGCUUCCAAUAAACCUUCAGUUCAAAGAAAGCAUGGUCACAGCAGAAUAUUAUUUUUCCAUUUUGUGGAUCCCGAGAUGAAAGUAUGUGUUCUCGACUGCAGCUGUUGAAAAGCAUUUUUUAUUCAACUGUAGCAUCAGCUUUUGUAUUAGUUGGAUCACUACCAUGAACAUGAAUCAUCUGACUGUUGAAACUGAAGAUUCUUUUGUUAGCUUGCUUGAACUAGCGGCCAACAAUGACAUAGUAGCAUUUAAGAGAUUGAUGGAGCAUGAUCUAUCCGGUAUUCAUGAGGUUGGACUGUGGUAUGGGCGCCAAAAGGGCUCAAGGCAAAUGGUUUUGGAGCAUAGAACUCCUUUGCUGGUCGCUGCUACAUAUGGCAGUAUCGAUGUUCUGAAACUGAUUCUGUCUUUACCUGAAGUUGAUGUGAAUCAAUCAUGUGGCCGAGAUAAAAGCACUGCUCUUCACUGUGCUGCGUCUGGUGGGUCUCGGAAUGCUGUUGAUGCUGUCAAAAUGCUGUUAGAAGCUGGUGCUGAUCCAAACUCUGAAGAUGCCAAUGGCCAUCGCCCUCAGGAUGUCAUUGUUGUAUCUCCAAAGUUUCACUCAACAGAAACAUCCCUGGAGAGCCUUCUUAAAAGUGAUACAACGGGAAAGUGUAGCCUAAGGUUGUCAACAGCCACUUCGAACUCAAAUUCUCCACCACUUUCGCCUUCCCCUGGAAAUAGAUCACCUUCUUCUACUUCAGACUCGACUUCUUCCCCAAAGAGUGCAAAGUCUGAUGACCUCCCUGUGUCUUCUGCAUCUGAGAAGAAAGAGUACCCCAUUGACCCCUCCUUGCCUGACAUUAAAAACAGCAUCUACUCUACAGAUGAAUUCAGAAUGUUCUCGUUUAAGAUCAGACCUUGUUCUCGUGCAUAUUCUCAUGAUUGGACUGAAUGCCCAUUUGUCCAUCCUGGUGAAAAUGCUCGAAGAAGGGAUCCAAGAAAAUAUCACUACAGCUGUGUACCUUGCCCUGAGUUCCGUAAGGGAGCUUGCCAACGAGGGGACAUGUGCGAAUAUGCUCACGGGGUAUUUGAGUGUUGGCUGCAUCCUGCUCAGUACAGAACCCGACUUUGCAAAGAUGGUACAAAGUGCAAUAGAAGAGUUUGCUUCUUUGCCCACACACAGGAAGAACUCAGACCCCUGUAUGUCUCUACUGGUUCCGCUGUUCCCUCGCCUCGCUCGAACACCUCUGCUGCCAAUGCCAUGGAUUUUGCAGCAGCUAUGGGCCUUAUUCCAGGUUCUCCUUCGUCGGUCCGUGUCAUGUCCCCAUUACCUUUCACUCCUCCGAUGUCUCCCUCUGCUAACGGCGUCUCAAACAUGAGUUGGCCUCAACCAAAUGUUCCAGCAUUGCAUCUUCCUUGCAGCAAUUUCCAGUCCAGUCGCUUGAGGUCAUCACUACAUGCAAGAGACAUCCGUGCUGAAGACUUAAACUUUGAUAUGCAACAACAACAGCAGUUUAUAAAUGAAUUCCCCUGCCUAUCACAGUCCAGUGUGAAUGCUAAUUCUUUGAACCGUUUAGCUCAUCCUAAGACCCUAACUCCUUCAAAUCUUGAGGAUUUAUUUUCUGCAGAAUCUCCUAGAUAUUCUGAUCAGGCAUUAGCUCAAGCAGUUUUCUCCCCUACCCACAAGUCUGCAGUUCUCAAUCAAUUCCAGCAGCCGCAGCAGAGCAUGUUAUCUCCCAUUAAUACAAAAUUCUCACCAAAAAAUGUUGAUAAUCCUCUAUUGCAGGCUUCUUUCGGGGUUCAAACACCGGGAAGGAUGUCACCCCGAGGAAUGGAGCCAAUAUCACCUAUGAGUUCCCGUGUGUCUACGCUUUCUCAACGUGAGAAGCAGCAGCAAUUUAGGAGUCUUAGCUCUCGUGAUCUUGGCUCCAUAGCUUCUGCUGUUGUUGGCUCUCCAGUAGAUACUUGGUCGAAGUGGGGUUCCUCUACCGGAAAUGCAGAUUGGGCUGUCACUACUGAGGAGUUUGGUAGGUUAAAGAGAUCAUCGUCAUUUGAGCUUGCUAACAAUGGAGAAGAGCCUGAUAUCUCGUGGGUUCAAUCUCUUGUCAAAGAAUCACCACAGGAGUUGAAAGACAAAGCUGCAUCUCGUGUCUUAGGUCUCGCAGGCUCUACUGCAGAUCUCGCUGAAGAUUCGACUUCGAAUUCCCAGAUUGAACAAUUUGAUCAAUUGAAUGCAUGGAUGGAGCAAAUGAAGCUUGAUAAGCUAAUGGCUCAGUAAAAAUAUCCUUAUUUUCAUUUUGCCGGGCCUUGGCGUUUUCAUAACAUAAGAUUUUGGUAAAGAGUAACCUUUUUACAUUUGUCUCCGUGUGAUGUAUAGGUUACGGGUUCGAGCCGUGGAAGCAGCCACUAAUGCUUGCAUUAGAGUAGACUGUCUACAUCACACCCUCUUGGAGUGCGGCCUUUCCCCGGACCCUGUGUGAACGCGGAUGCCGUUUUAGUAAUCUGUCUACAUUCUUAUGAUUUCUUCAUGCUGGCUUCUGAGCAGGUCAACUGUAAGCAGAGAAGAAGCCAGCAAAGGAGCUCCAAAAUUCUGAAAAAUAUUAUUUUUCUUUAUUAUUUAAAUUAAUUAUUUAUAUCAGGUAGUAGAAGAAUGGGUUAUUGAGAAAUGAGACCCGGUGCAGGUGAUGUUUCUUCAAUAUUAUUGUGUAGUCUCUUAGUCAAAAAAGUUUUUACCUUGAUUUAAGUAGACUGAUAUUUCAUUGUACUGAAAAAGGGAUUAUCAGCAUUUGUGACAAUUCAGCAUUGAUAUGAAGUUAUUUCAUUUUCAAGAUUGUUAA